AUGGUCCUACCUCCUGGUGGUCCUAUCUCUAGUCAUCCAACUAAUCCUGAGAUGAUGGUCCUACCUCCUGGUGGUCCUAUCUCUAGCCAUCCAACUAAUCCUGAGAUGAUGGUCCUACCUCCUGGUGGUCCUAUCUCUAGUCAUCCAACUAAUCCUGAGAUGAUGGUCCUACCUCCUGGUGGUCCUAUCUCUAGUCAUCCAACUAAUCCUGAGAUGAUGGUCCUACCUCCUGGUGGUCUUAUCACUAGUGAUCCAACUAAUCCUGAGAUGAUGGUCCUACCUCCUGGUGGUCCUAUCUCUAGCCAUCCAACUAAUCCUGAGAUGAUGGUCCUACCUCCUGGUGGUCCUAUCACUAGCCAUCCAACUAAUCCUGAGAUGAUGGUCCUACCUCCUGGUGGUCCUAUCACUAGCCAUCCAACUAAUCCUGAGAUGAUGGUCCUACCUCCUGGUGGUCCAACUAUCACUAGCCAUCCAACUAAUCCUGAGAUGAUGGUCCUACCUCCUGGUGGUCCUAUCCUAGUCAUCCAACUAUCCUGA